AUGUCAAACCUUAACAGAGAUAUACUUUAUUUAAUAUUUGAAGAAUUAAAAGAUGAUGGAAAAGAUCUUUUUUCAUGUCUUUUAAUUAAUAAAAUUUGUACCAAUAUUAUCAUUCCAAUUUUAUGGAAAAAUCCUUGGAAAUAUUUAAGAGAAGAAAAGAAUAAUAUAAGAUUAUUAAAAGUGAUUAUAUCACAUUUAUCAAAUGAAUCAAAAAAUAAUUUAAAAAAUUUAAAAAAUCAAAAUAAUGAUAAUUAUGAUGAUGAUGAUAAUAAUAAUAAUAAUAAUUUAAUAAUUUCAUAUCAAAAACCUUUAUUUGAUUAUAUUAGUUUUUGUAAAUAUUUGAAUUUUAAAAUAAUUAUUGAUAUGAUAAAUUCAAUAUUUAAUAUUAAUGAUAAUAAUAAUUUUAUUAUUAUUAAUGAAAUAUUUAAUCUUUUUAUUAAUGAAAAUAUGAAAUUUACUCAUCUUUAUAUACCAAAACAAUUUUAUUAUAAAAUACACCUUAUAUCAGGAUUUGAUUAUUGUUUUUCAGGUCUUAAAUUUCUUCAAUUUGAUUUAGAUAAUAAUAAUCAAAAUAUUUUAGAAGGUUUGGUUAGAAUAAGUAAUUCAAUUAAAAAUUUGGAAUUUAUAUUUUAUGAUAGUGGGACUGAUAUGAAUGGAAUCAUUAAAUUAAUUGAAGCUCAAAAGGAAUUAUGUAAUGUUUAUUAUUUUGUUUAUCAUAGAGAUAGAUUAUUUCGUAUAUCCUUUGAAGAAUCAUUAAUUAAACAUGCUGAUACUAUUCAAUAUUUAAAAAUUGAUGAUAAACCUAUUACAAAAUUACUUUCUUAUCUUGUUAAUUUAAUAAGUAUAGAAAUGGAUGAUCCAUUUUAUAAUACAUGUUGGAACCAUUUAGAGAAUAUAUCUUUACCUAAUUUAAAAUUUUUAAAGGCUAAAAGAAUUCCAUUAAGAUAUUUGGCAAAAUUAAUUGAAAAUACAAAAGGAAAACUUUGUGAAAUUAGUAUUAAUUCAUUAAGAUAUAAUGAUUUUAAUUAUGAAGAACUUAUUCAAGUAAUUAUUAAAAAUUGUUUAAAUCUUAAAUAUCUUACAUUAGUAUUUAGAAAUGGUGAUAUUAUGGAAUUGGAAAAAUUAUUAAUUAAUUGUCAAUAUUUAAAUGGAUUAAUUAUUGUUACAAAUAAGUUUGAUUUGGUAUUUGAUUGGAAUAAAUUAUUUGAAAUUUUAAUUAAAAAUUCACCAAUUAGUUUAUUUAAAUUUAAAUUUUAUUUUUAUCGUUAUAGAACAUUAUCUCAAUUGGAUUCUUUAAAUUUAUUCUUUGAAAAAUGGAAAGGAAGAUAUCCAAUGUUAUUACAAACUGUUCCAAUGUAUAGUCAUAUAAAUUUGGAAAAAUAUUUUGAUAUAAUAGAAAAAUAUAAAUCAGAAGGUAUAAUUAAAAAAUAUGAUAAUGAUUUAUAUGGUAAUACUUAUGAUGAAUUUGAAUGGAUUAAAGAGAGAUUUUGAUUAUAAUUUGUAGUAAUAAUUUUUUUUUUUUUU